AUGGGUUCAGCACUAUCGGUUGGAAGAAAGUCCUCAACGAAAAAGGACACAGACGUACGAAAGAGCACCGACUCACGUAAGAGUAUUGAUAAAUCAUCAAAUGCGAACAAUCGUAACAAUGGCGUGAGGAGUAGUGUGGAUAAAAGUAUGAAUGAUCAAAAGGCCUCUGAAAAUAACAAGAACUCGGCUGAUUCCAAAAAGCCAGUAGAAGUUGCCAAGCAGCCCUCAAAAGAACAAGUUAAGGAAAAUCCAAAACAGGAACAACCAAAGAAUACCGAAUCAAUGGAUCAAAGCAAAGCAGAAACGACCACUCAGCCAAACGGAGAGGAAAACGGCUCGUCUUCCGAACCCGUUGAGAAACCUAGACCUCAAACCACGUUACUUGGACGCAAGAAAGCAAAUAUUGAUGAUAUUCCAGAAUUUGUUUUCCACUCAGAUAAGGAUUUAUUAUUCGGAGCCGACAUUGCCAUGCCAUGGAAACCAGGUUAUGCUCUCGGAGUUCAUAUUAUUGAUGAGCAACAUAAAGUAUUGGUUAAGCUUAUCAAUGAACUAGCAGAGGCCGUAAAAGAUGGUCACAUGAGAUAUGAAAUUGGAAGCGUGUUCGACAACUUGGUAGAGUAUACAGAUUUUCACUUUAAGAAGGAGGAAGACCUGAUGCAAAAGUAUCACUAUGUGGAGGAGGACGAACAAGCUCACAAAGAAAAACAUGAACUUUUUGUCAAGACCAUCUUCAAUUUAAGAACCGAUUUUAUUAACAUGACAGUGGAUAAUAUUGGUCAAGACUUAUUCAACUUCUUAACUGACUGGUUAUUAACUCACAUUUGUCAAAUGGAUAAGAAAUUGUGUGACUUUUUGCUUGAGAGAAAUAUCAACGAAUAA